UUGAUUUUAAAUCACUAAAGUUAUUUUUUGUCUGUUUUGUAGUAAACUGGUGAUACUUAUUGCAAUGAAGAGAUAUUUUAUUAUUUUCUCCGCUCUUUUACACAUUUUUUGUGGGGCAGUAAGAUUGGACACUCCAUCCAUUCUACCAGAGACAUGUUCAACAGUCCAAAAUCCAGAAGACCUGGCCAGCUACGUAAUACAGGACAUACACUCAUCGGUCAAAGAAGCAGAACGUUCAUUGGCAAACCCAUCAGAUUAUCCAGACCACUAUAGACCUCAGGAUGGGGAAGAGUUUGAUUUCAUCAUCGUAGGAUCAGGAUCUGCAGGAUCUGUGAUUGCAAACAGGUUAUCCGAGGUACCUUCCUGGAGAAUCCUGCUGCUGGAAGCUGGAGGAAAUCCAGAAAAAUCUACAGAAAUCCCAGGAUUGUAUGGUGCGCUGCAAAAGACUUCAUAUGAUUGGCAAUAUCAGACUGAGCCGGAGGAAAACAAUUGUUUGGCAAUGGUGAAUAACAGCUGCAACUGGCCCAGAGGAAAGGUUCUUGGAGGCUCUAGCACAAUCAAUGGCAUGAUCUAUGUCAGAGGAAACAAAGAAGAUUACAAUGGAUGGGCUAGGGCUGGGAAUGAAGGAUGGGACUAUGAGAGCGUGCUUAAAUACUUCAAAAAGUCAGAAAAUAUAGAAGCCGAAGAAGUUUUGAGACACGAUAAUUAUAAAUAUUAUCAUGAUGAAGGUGGUUAUUUGACUAUUGGGUCUUUUAAAAAUGACAGUAUAGAAGAUUUACUUAAGGUAUACGGUGCAGGAAUGGAAGAACUUGGGUACAAACUAAACUACGACUGUAAUGGUGAAUCUCAAAGAGGAUUUGUCAAGUUGCAGGGAACAAUUAUUGGAGGUAAAAGAUGUAGCACGGCCAAGGCAUUCCUAAAAGGAUUUAACAACCGUAAACACCUCAAAGUCUCACGCAAUUCAUUAGCUACAAAAAUUUUGUUCGACUAUCAAUCCAAGACAGCACAGGGAGUUAAGUUUUUAAAUAAUAAUAAUAAAGAGAUAACUGUUAAAGCAAAGAAAGAAGUGAUUAUUUCUGCAGGAGCUAUAAAUUCUCCACAGCUUCUCAUGCUCUCAGGAAUUGGGCCAAAACAACAUCUGGAGGAGUUAGGAAUUGAUGUAAUUGAAGAUUUGCCAGUCGGGCAGAACCUACAAGAUCACAUGUUGAUGGCUGGACUGCUCUUUUCAUACAAUUUUUCAAGACCACGCCAGAGAUUGACUGACCAUAUGUACGAAUAUUUAAUGUCACCUUCUAGCAGUCAACUCUCAAGUAUAGGUAUGUUGAGCUAUUCUGGGUUCAUAAAUACUGUUGAUACUGACUCUAACAUCCCUGAUAUUCAAACCUACCACUACGAUAUUGAUGUAAACAACACCUCAUCACUCACAAAUGCCUUGGCAAUGUUUGGUAUACGGGAUGAUAUCAUUAAAUUAUUCCUGGAUAUAAAUUCAAAAAGAUUUGUAACACCAGUAAUGCCGACAUUAUUGAAGCCUCAUAGCAGAGGUCGGAUACUGUUGAGAUCUAAAAAUCCAGAAGAUAAAGUUAAAAUUGUUACAAAUUUUUUGACCGAUGCACGUGAUAUAGAAACACUUUUACGUGCCACUGAAUUUCUAUCAAAUCUAGCGUCAACCAAAGCUAUGAAAUCGUUGGACACCAAGUUUCAUGAAAUCGUUGCUCCUGCUUGCUCCAAGUAUGUGGUGUCUUCAAGAGACUUCAGGAUUUGUUCUCUUAAACACUUUGUGACGACAUGCUACCACCCAACCUCCACCUGCAAGAUGGGACCUGCUGAUGAUCCUACGUCCGUGGUCAACCCUCAAUUGCAGGUGAAGGGGGUGAGACACCUCAGAGUUGCUGAUGCUUCUAUAAUGCCAGACAUUGUGAGAGGCAACACCAACGCUCCUUCCAUCAUGAUUGGAGAGAAGGCUGCCGAUCUUGUUAAACAACACUGGUUGUAA